AUGAAUAACUCUACAGUGAACUUCACCACACCUGAAGCGUCUUCAAACUCCACAACUCAGUUCUUUGGGCCACUGGGCAUUCUGGAAAUGUAUGUGUACACCUUCAAUUUCCUGUUUGGUCUUCCUACACACUCCUAUGUGAUCUGGCUCAUCAUGACAGGAACAGGAAGUGGAUUUGCAUCAGAGUUCUUCAUUCUUAAUCUCUCUGUUUGUGAGAUUGCAAACUCUCUGAAUGGUUUAAUCUUUACACUCUCAGUUUGGUUUGCAAGUCUCGGGACACUAGAAACUUUUUUAAAAGGAUUUACCAUCACCGGUCGUCCUCUGUUUCAGUGUCUGAUGUGUGUUGAGCGUUACCUGGCAGUGAUUCAUCCUGUAACCUUUCUGAAGUACAAACCUCUCAGAUAUAGAGUGAUCUGCUGCACUGUGGCCUGGAUAAUCACUCUUGGAUCCUGUUUGUAUGGCAUGUUUACUAUAAUCUCACAAAACAUAGCACAUGUAUGGUUUAUGUCAGUGCAGCUUACACUGGUCCUCUCCUUCCAGUUGUUUUGUCUUGUGGCUGUUCUCAGAGCUCUGAAGCACUCAGGACCAGGAGAGAGAAGAAGAAGAGAGAGAGAGGAGGAAAACCACACAAAGAGAAGAGCGUUUUAUCUCAUUCUGAUAACUACUGUAAACUCGAUUAUCUUAUAUUCUGAAAUAAAUGAUGGAUACUUGCUGUUGUUAUUGUAG